AUGGCUGCUCAGCUCUUGAGGCAGGCGGCCCGCGCUGGAGCGGGAUGCCGACCUCCCAUGAUGGUUGCCUCGCGCGCAUUCCGAACCAGCGCUGUCCUCAGACAGGAUGCAGUCGCUGCGCCAGUCAAGAAGCCCGUCGGUGCUUUUCGCGGAGGACUCUUCGGCUUCCUCCUCGGUGCGACCACGUCCGGCGCAGGCAUGUACUACUAUGUCAUUGACGAAUACCGCGUUUCCAACCAGCUCCUCACCGAAGACAUUUACGCUCUCCAGUCGGCCGUACAACGGAUAGAGGGCUACGUCCGCACCCUUGAAGAGAAGGUCGAUGCGAAAAAGCGAUAA